AUUCAGUAGUCGUAGGGAGUGUCCCACACACGCUCAACGCGCAUUACUCACUCUCUUUCGCUCUGUAUCUUUCUCUCUCUCUGUGCCUCUUCCCCAUGUCAUCUUCAUUUCCUCCUUACAUGGGCUGGCUUUGAAAAAAAAAAAAGAAGCAAUAUUAGUGAUAGUUGACAGCAGGCGAGCAGACACAGGGGGUGAGGGAGAGCAGAGAUCUGUAACACGGUGCAGGCGGACGAUUUUCUUCUCUCAGAAGGUUCUUUUGACGUUCAAUGUCCCAGGGGAGCUUCAGAGGUGUGACUACUGACCUGUGCUGCUGGAUGGUUGACUGAACUCUGGAACCAAACAUCUUGUGCAAAUUUCAAUCCAAGGCCCUGUGUCCUUUAGCCUUCAGGCCCCAGGAGGACCAGAUCUGGUGUGAUGGCUGAGGGUGGUGUGGGUAUGUCUCCCCAGGUGUUUGUGGUCGACAGCCAGGCCAACUACGACUCUGUGCAUGGCGGAAAGAAACCGUGGUGGGCGAGAGUAGGCCAAAAGUUUCUUCUGCUGCUGAUAGGAUUCACCAUGUUGGGACUUGUUGUCGAAGGAUGUUUAAUCUACAAUCUGUAUAAAAAAACAGAGGCCCUCUGUGAAUUUCAUCCUCUCUGCCAGAACGUGUCCAAUCCCCAAACAUCUGGGCAAAAGGGUGGGACCAGCUUGAGUGAAGCACAACAUCAAGAGUCCAAUGAGAUAUCCACAGUGCAAACACAUCUAGAACAAGUCCAACCAAGGCCGUUCGCUCAACUACUGGGCGCCAAACAUCCAAGAAAUGGAAGCGUGGUGCAGUGGAGAGAUAGUGGAGGCGAAAGCGUCCUCUCCAACAUGGCCUACAACAAUGGUUAUUUGGUUGUCAAAAGGGAGGGUUACUACUACCUCUACUCAAAAGUGACAACAAAUGCUGCAGAGGAGUGUUCACUUAUCCUGCACAAGGUGAUGAGAGUCACCCAGGCCUAUGAUAAGCCUAUAGAACUUAUGAAAUCAAAAAGUUUUCGCUGUCCGAAACCUCCAAAUGAAAAGCCUUCAGAGAUAGGGGAGGAUCUGUGGAACAGUUUCCUCUCUGGGAUCUUCCAGCUGAUGAGCGGAGAUAAAAUUUUUGUCACAUUGGAGAAUCAGGAGAUACGCCCUGGAAAUACUGAAAACCUGAUGGGUGCCUUCAUGAUAUCUCCUUAGAGGCACCUAAGUCGAGACACCUCUGCUCCACAUUGUGAUCAGAUUCUAUGUCUCUGUGUGUUUAUUGACACCAUACAUUUUGGUGAAUUUAUAUAUAUCUAACAUAUGUGAUGUAUAUCAUCUAAAUUAUACUGUACUCGAUGAAUGUAUUUGAAUCACUUAUGAAAAAGCAACAAAUGGUUGUGAUAUCAUAAAAAGUACCUGACAUUCAGGUUAUAUAAUCCUACUUGAUUAUUGUUAUAUAUUAUGUUGUGUGAAUAAAAUGUGUUUUCUUAUCAAACAAAAA